CAACGGGAAGAGCACUGAGCACAAUAAAAACGAAUCUGGAAAAUAUGUUCCGUGCCUACCUACUUUCGUAAUUUAACCAAUUAGUUAAAAAUCUAGAUAGUAAAACUAAGUUAUAAUGCACCAAUAAAAAUAUCUAAACAGAAAUAAAUACUGAUUUUAAUUAACAGGGUUUUACUGAAUCAAAAUGUUAGUUAGUUUCAUAAGGAAGUUUAAAAUUGUGAUUCUGUUUAGCUUAUUUUUUUUCUAUUUAGGAUGUGGUAUCACAUUGAGUCUUAUUCGUCUUGAUUGUGCGGAUGCCGUUACUAAAACUUUUAAAUCAGAUCCAGAUAUUACCACAUCAAGUGAUGGCAUUGAAUAUGCUGUGCUUGUGUUCAGCGGACCAGAAAAUAAGAAUAAAAGAGAUGCUAUCAGAUCUACAUGGGCGAAAUUAGCGAAUAAUAUAUUUAAAGAAAAUGGAGAGAAACUGUACAAAUGGAACCAUACCAAAAUCAGUAGACAAAACCAACAAAAUAUUAUUAAAUUAUAUUUCGUGAUAGGAUUACAGAAACUAAGUCUACUGGAAAUAAUGAAACUGAAUGAUGAAAAUAGCAGAAGUAAUGAUAUGCUUUUAAUUGAUGAUCUCCAAGAUUCCUAUGAUAAUUUAACAUCCAAAGUAUUAAAAGCAUUGAAGUGGUUUAGUGAAAAUUUAAAAAAUCUUCGAUACUUGAUAAAAUGUGAUGAUGAUUCAUUUGUUAGAAUAGAUUUGAUAGUGAGAGAUCUGGAAGCGUUUGCUCCGAAAAUGGAUGGAGAAGAAAUAAAAUCAUUUGUUUCGUAUAAGGUUGGUUGGUUGAAAUCUCAUUCUGCAUAUAAUGGAUUAUAUUGGGGAUAUUUCAGUGGAAAAGCCAAAGUGUUUAUGUCUGGCAAGUGGAAAGAGACAGAUUGGUUCCUUUGUGAUAACUACUUGCCUUAUGCUCGUGGUGGAGGAUAUGUUAUAUCUCGUAGUAUAGUCGAUUUUGUUGGUAAAAAUGCUGAAUUAUUGAGUCAUUACAAUUCUGAAGAUGUAUCAAUGGGAGUGUGGACAGCACCAUUAGACAGAAUCAAUAGGGUUCAUGAUAUCAGAUUUGACACUGAAUGGAAGACUAGAGGUUGCUCGACAAAUAUGUUAGUUCGACAUAAACAAACCCCAAGUGAUAUGUUUCAGUUAUUUAAAAAUUUGAUUAAUUCACAUGGCAAUAAACUUUGCAAACAUGAAAGUACGGAAAGGAAAUCAUAUCUAUACAACUGGAAUGUUCUGCCUAGUGAAUGCUGUCACUAACUUGAAAUAAUUUGAAUAAAAGCUUUGAAUGCGAAUGUGACAAUGCUAAUUAAGGUUAUAUAUUGGAGUAGGUGACUUAAAAGUGUCGUAAAGUGAACCAUAUCGGCACUAUCUAUCAGGUAUCUAUAAGUUUUUGAAGUGAAACUUCUUUAAAAUCGUUGUGAUUUCAAACUCGAUGAAACGAAACGAAAAAAUAAGUGUGCUGCGAUUGGCUUGCUGAA